AUGCCGAGGCCGCAACCACAUCACCGACCACCCGAAACCACUGCACACCACCACCCACCACUGCCCCACCUCUGCCAUCACCACUGGCCGGAGGUUAGAGCAAUGGUCAACCCCGGACCCAACAUCAAAGGAACGGGGAAAAAGGAUGGAAGCACAGCGGAGCUUCGGCCGUCCGACACCAUCGUCGUCGAACAACCGAGGCACCAUCCACCCGACCGAAUCCGCCGCAAUCCUCCGCCCACCACCGCCCCGCCUCUGCCAUCACCACUGGCUGGAGGGCAGAACGAUGGUCCUCCCCAGGCCCACCAACAGAGGAAAAGGGAAGAAAACAGAGAACUCGGUGGAGAUUCGAAACCCACCUCCUGUCACCACUCACUAGGAAACCGAAGAGAAGAGCCCGCAGAUCGGCCAAAGAAAAACCGACCCAAUCUUAAGAGAUAA